UUUGGACAAACACAAAAUAUGAUAGCACAGAUGAACAUGAACACAAUGUGGAAAAACAAUUCUCUUCAAAAUGAAAACCUGUUAAAUAACCCGAACUAUCAAAUACAACAAUUACUCCAGACCAUGCAAUAUAGUAGUUCCAUCACCAAUAUACCAAAUGACUUGCCUUGCAAAUUCAUCAGUAAUAAUCUUUGCUUUACAAAUGCUUAUGUGAUACAUUCUUUAGACUCUGCUGUAUCUCCCAUAAUAAGUAGUUCGAUAAAACAAAUAGUAAAAAUAUGCUCUUCCAAAAGAAGUCAACUAAUGAUCGCUACUGCUAAAAACUAUGAAGAUAGUCACAAAUUAAGAAAUACCCAAGCUUUCCGUGGCCUUGAGAAUGGUGACCAAAAUAGAGUUCAAGUUGAAAAGGAUGU